UGGACACACAUGAUAGUCCUUGGGAGUGUGCAUUUCCCUUAAUGAGCCAUCAACACUAUCUGGCUUCUCUAUUGUUGUACCUGAAAGACUGGUUGUGGGUGUUUCCAACCUCCCAACAUCUUCCAGUGACACACACCAACCACAACUUCAUAAGUGCCCAUACAAUGACAGCACAUACAAUCCACCAGGACAUUAAUGUUCAACAGAUCGAGCCCUUUCGAAUGAUGCCUCAUAAGGCUCACUGUGUACACAACAGAGCCGAAUUCUAUCACCAUGGUAAAUAUGGGGGUGCCAGGGAACUGCCUUGGAGCACAGAGGGUCUCAGCGCCAGACACAGGGACAGAGAUGUGAGGCCCCAGACCUUGCUCAUGAGGAGGAGAAUCAGGAACUUCACCCCGUCGACCCCCAGCAUGAGACAAACCAACCCACCUGGACAGGGCCAAUGCUCCAGCCUGGAGUCUGCGCUGGCCGGUGUUCACCACCUCCCAUCCCCCACUGCUGUGUGCCCUGGGCCUCACCAUACUCCAUCCCUCACCCACAUCUGCCCUGGCCCUCCCCAGCCCCCUCCCCAUCUGCCCCAGUGCCCUCACCACCUCCCAUCCCCCACCAUGUCUGCCCUGCCCCUUGCCACCUCCCAUCCUGUUCCCCCAUCUGCCCCACCCCUCCUGGCUCAGCCCCACAAUAUUUCCUUUCAAGGCAAUAUUGAAUGAAUUAGCUGAGUCCCACCUAGUGCCACCUCCCCUGCCACUGGCCUGGUCACGCGGACAGCAGGAGCAGGCACCGCCCCUCUGCACCAUGUGGGGGACCUGGGGAGGAAUGGGGCUAUAAGAAGAGGGGCUGGGAGUUGAGAGCCCAUCACUGGGGAUCUGGUGAGAGCAUCUGUCUGUGAGUGACGGCACCUCCUACUCCUGCCCCAUGGAAACCAUGGUGUCGGGACGGAUGCCCAGGGCUGGACUCCUGCUGCUGCCCCUUCUCCUCUGCUUCGGGCCAAAGACUGUCGGGAGCAUCAAUCCCGCCGUGCUCAGAGAGACUGUGGAUCAUGUGAACAAGGAUGGGUUGGCUGUUGAAUACGCCUUCGCCAUCAGCCUGGAGAAAGCCAGUUGUGAGAACCCAUCUGGGCUGGAACAGGUGCUGCGCAGGAACAAGCUGCGGGACAUGCAGGCGGCCAUCAACCCAGAGGGUGUCCUGUAUGACCCAGACGAAGGGCCCAUUGUGGCUGCCCGGAUGCAGCGCCUGGGCAGGGCGGGGGAACACGCCGAGUGGCGCCUGCUCCAGGGCGACCGGAACAGCCCUGUGCAGAAGCUCCUGGCCCGGACCUACAACGAGAGAAGCUGCCUGAUCUUCUUCACCGUCCGCUCGCCCUGUGCGGGGACGUGCCUGCUGGUGAAGAGGCCCCACAACAUCCUACGGAUGGUGAGCGACACCUUCCGCCCCAUCGACCACAACUACAAGGCCUUCGUCUUCUGGCAGAUCUACCGUCAGGACCGGGACCUGGAUCCCCAAAGCCUGCUGGAGGCCUGGCACCGGCUGCCUGAUGUGCCCCUGCUGCGCUGUGACACCAACGGCUGCAGGGACUGCAGAGGGAACGACCCCAGCCCCGACCCCAGCGCCUGCCUGGAUGAGAUUCGAGCCAUGAGGCAGCCGCUGCACCCAUCUGGCAGGGGGCAGGAGGGAGAGCUGGGCGGAGAGGGGAGAGCAGAGGAUGAGACCCCGACUCAGCCCCUGGCACAGCAGCUGGGACAGCAGCCGGCCAAUCAGCACCUGGCCCAGUAG